CGUGAUGACGUAGGCCGUUGAUUGGGAGCGUGAACUGGAUCCCGCGCGUGUGGAGUACCCCGCCUUCAUUCCAAAUUGAUCUUUUUCCGGCGCGGGAGCGAGCAGUUACCAGCAUGUCAGAGUGGGAGUCUUACUACAAAAACGAGGGCGAUGAAGAAGAAGAACAAGAGGAGGGCCUUGAAGCUGGUGGAGAAUAUACAUAUUCAGGAAGAGAUAGUUUGAUUUUUUUGGUUGAUGCUUCUAGGGCCAUGUUUAAAUCAGAGGGUGAAGAUGAAUUGACUCCUUUUGACAUUAGCAUCCAGUGUAUCCAGAGUGUGUACACCAAUAAAAUCAUAAGCAGUGAUCGAGAUCUCUUGGCAGUGGUGUUCUAUGGUACUGAGAAGGACAAAAACUCAGUGAACUUCAAAAAUAUUUAUGUUUUACAGGAGUUGGAUAAUCCAGGUGCUAAACGAAUAUUGGAGCUUACGCAGUUCAAGGGGCAGCAGGGACAGAAACAUUUCCAAGACCAGAUUGGCUAUGGAUGUGACUACUCCCUAAGUGAAGUGCUGUGGGUCUGUGCCAACCUCUUUAGCGAUGUCCAGGUCAAGAUGAGCCAUAAGAGGAUCAUGCUGUUCACCAAUGAAGAUGACCCCCAUGGCAAUGACAGUGCCAAAGCCAGCCGGGCCAGGACCAAAGCUGGGGAUCUCCGUGAGACAGGUAUCUUCCUUGACUUGAUGCACCUGAAGAAACGUGGGGGCUUUGACGUAUCCAUAUUCUACAGAGAUAUCAUCAGUGUAGCAGAGGAUGAGGACCUACAGGUCCACUUCCAGGAAUCAAGCAAGCUAGAAGACCUGCUGAGGAGGGUCCGUGCCAAGGACACCAAGAAGCGUGCGCUUGUCAGGUUGAAGUUUAAGCUCAACAAAGAUAUAGCAUUCACUGUUGGCAUUUAUAAUAUAGUCCAGAAGGCUGUCAAACCUCCUCCAGUCAGGCUUUAUCGGGAAACAAAUGAACCAGUGAAAACCAAGACGCGGACAUUUAAUGUAAAUACAGGCGGUUUGCUUCUGCCAAGCGACACCAAGAGGGCUCGGAUCUAUGGGAGUCGUCAGAUUGUACUAGAGAAAGAAGAGACAGAACAGCUAAAACGAUUCGAUGAACCAGGCUUGGUUCUCAUCGGCUUCAAGCCCCUGAUAAUGCUGAAGAAGCACCAUUAUAUUAGGCCCGCCCUGUUCGUGUACCCUGAGGAGGCCUUGGUUAAUGGGAGCUCAACCCUGUUCAAUGCUCUCCUCACCAAGUGUCUGGAGAAGGAGGUCAUGGCAGUGUGCAGGUACACCGCCCGCCAGAACAUCCCACCUUAUUUUGUGGCCUUGAUGCCACAGGAAGAGGAGCUGGAUGACCAGAAAAUUCAGGUGGCUCCCCCAGGCUUCCAUCUCAUCUUCUUACCCUAUGCUGAUGAUAAGCGGAAGGUGCCCUUUACUGAAAAAGUCAUGGCAAACCCAGAGCAAGUAGACAAGAUGAAGGCUAUUGUUCAGAAGCUCCGCUUCAAGUACAGAAGUGACAGCUUUGAGAACCCAGUGCUCCAGCAGCACUUUAGGAACCUGGAGGCCUUGGCUUUGGAUUCAAUGGAGCCUGAACAAGCAGUAGAUGUGACAUUGCCCAAAGUUAAAGAAAUGGAUAAAAGACUGGGUUCCCUAGUGGAUGAGUUUAAGGAGCUUGUUUACCCGCCUGAUUACAAUCCUGAGAGAAAAGUUCCCAGGCGAAAACAAGAUGAUGGAGGUUCUGGAAGCAAAAGACCCAAGCUGGACUUGUCUGAAGAGGAACUGAAGGUUCAUGUGAGCAAGGGCACGCUGGGUAAGCUCACUGUGCCCAUGCUGAAGGAAGCCUGCAGGGUGUACGGUCUGAAGGGCGGCAUAAGGAAGCAGGAGCUGCUAGAUGCACUCACUACGCACUUUCAGAAGGACUGACCAGGGACUGGACACCCAGCCAUCCUUCCACCCUGUAGCCAGGCUGCCUGGUUUUGGUCUCAUCAAGGUAAAACAUGUUCCUCCUGAGCCAGGAAGAGUCUGCCUGACAGAAGCCAGAACUUUAUGAGACUUCCUGUUGCCAUGGAAACAUUGUAGUCCUCCCACUUUGCAGUGCCUUAUUCUAUUGUCUGAAUAGAGAGCCCUAAUUUUGUACUAUAUACUUUUCUUUAGUGUGAAAGAGAAAGAUGUGUCUGCCUCGCAUCUAUUGCUAUUGGUUAUUAGCUUAAUUUUCUCUCCCACUUGUAACACAAAUCGUCACAAUGUGAACAAAAUAAACACCAAUGAUGACAGGGGAGAAAUAAUGAUGAAUAACGACAGAUGAACUUACUUCAGGAAUGACAAGCUUAGCAAGAUCCUGUCCUCUCACCUGUUUUCCUGUGUGUUACAUUAAGAUCUAAAGAUCAGAUUUCAGAAGCAAUAAGAAUGUAACAUUUCUAAUACUGGUACCAUUUGCUUCAUGAAUAAAUAGCACCCCCUCACGUUGCAUUCCUUUUAACGUGACAUUCAAGUAUAUAAAGGUGCCUGGUUUCUGCUGCUAUAAUUUGGGUGCUAGUGGAAGUGAAAUCAGUUAUUUUUCAGGGGAGCUGUAGCAAGUUCAAGAAGAUGGGGAGAGGGGCUAGUGUCAGAAGGGGAAGAGGAGGGUGCUAGUGUGGGAAGGGGCAGAAGAGGGGAGUGUCUCCCCUUGUGUUCCUCCCCCAUCCUUUCUCCACCUACCUGUCCCUUACCUGUUCUUUCUGCUACUGCUUUUGAAAAAUUUGCUGGAGAUAGGAAGGAAAGCUUCCGGAAGGGCUGUGUCCUCCAAGAAUGGCUUGAGAUUCAGGGUUUUUAGGUCCUGUGUCUUUCAGGACUAGAAUGAGCAUCUCAUAGGGAGAGUGUAGGAGGGGUCAAGUCACUCUUGUAAGAGACUUUCCAUUUUGAGUUCUUUGCCCUGAGCUUUUUUUUUUUUUUUUAGACUUUAUUUAGUUUUAGAGAGAGGGGAAGGGAAGGAAACAUUAAUGUGUGGUUGCCUCUCAUGUGCCCCCCCUACUAGGGAACCUAAGCUGCAACCCAGGCAUUUGCCCUGACUGGGAAUUGAACCGGGGACCCUUUGGUUUGCAGGCGGGCACUCAGUCUGCCGAGCCACACUGGCUAGGGCUGCCCUGAGCUUUAUAAAGUUGUUGUUUUUAACUUGUUUUAGCUUUUUGUUUUAUUUGGAAAGGAGAUGUAUAUUCUUGUUUGGAUUUCUUAUCUGAGGGAGAGGGAACAUAAUUCUCUAACUAGAAGGGAUGCUGCAGGGAUGCUGGGUGAAGUCAGGCAAAGGGGAAAACUGGACAACUGGUAGCAUAAACAUGUUUUUUAAAAGAAAUGGUUUUUCUUGACUAUGGAUCCAAUAAAAAAUUGAAAAACAA